AGACCCGGCCGCUAAGCAACGACGGAGGGCGGGAAGUUUGAACGUUCUGGACCCGCCCCGAAUGAGAAUAGGCCAAUCACUGUCCAGACUUUUCAGCCAUUGUAGUUCACUCCUCCUUCUCGCCCUGUUGAAUCUCUAGGCUGGAUCCGGGUAUCUCCGACCGAUAGCAGCUAGGAGGGCGGGGCGUGUGCGUGCGCACCUCGCCCACACGCUGGCGCGUGCCCUUGCCGCGGACUAGUGACGGUUGGUCAGUGGGUUGGUCUGGCUCACCUCGCGACCCAGAACCUCAUGGCCUCUUUAGGAGCGACCUCAGGCAGGACGCCACAGGGACUCGGGCGUGUGGUGGCCUCCGACAGCUUCCCCAGCCCGGGCCCCAUCCCACUGUCUGGCCCCAGGGAAGCAGAGCCGGAGGACGACGCGGAGGAGGAGCUGGCCGAGAUCCAUCUGUGUGUGCUGUGGAAUUCAGGAUACUUGGGCAUUGCCUACUAUGACAGUAGUGACUCCACCAUCCACUUCAUGCCAGAUGCCCCAGACCAUGAGAGCCUCAAGCUUCUCCAGAGAGUUCUGGAUGAAAUCAAUCCCCAGUCCAUUGUUACAAGUGCCAAACAGGAUGAGAAUAUGACUCAGUUUCUGGGGAAGCUUGCCUCCCAGGAGCACAGAGAGCCUAAGAGACCUGAAAUCAUAUUUUUGCCAAGUGUGGAUUUUGGUCUGGAGAUAAGCAAGCAGCGCCUCCUUUCUGGAAACUACACCUUCAUCCCAGACUCCAUGACCGCCACUGAGAAAGUUCUCUUCCUCUCCUCCAUUAUUCCUUUUGACAGCCUCCUCACAGUUCAAGCACUUGGAGGGCUGCUCAAGUUCCUUGGUCGAAGAAGAAUUGGGGUUGAACUGGAAGACUAUAAUGUCAGCGUUCCCAUCCUGGGGUUUAAGAAAUUUGUAUUGACCCAUCUGGUGAGCAUAGAUCAAGACACUUACAGUGUUCUACAGAUUUUUAAGAGUGAGUUUCACCCCUCGGUGUACAAAGUGGCCAGUGGACUAAAGGAGGGGCUCAGCCUCUUUGGAAUCCUCAACAGAUGCCGCUGUAAAUGGGGAGAGAAGCUGCUCAGGCUAUGGUUCACACGUCCCACUCAGGACCUAGGGGAACUCAAUUCCCGUCUGGACGUCAUUCAGUUUUUUCUGCUUCCCCAGAAUCUGGACAUGGCUCAGAUGCUGCAUCGGCUGCUUGGUCACAUCAAGAACGUGCCUCUGAUUUUGAAACGCAUGAAGUUAUCCCACACCAAGGUCAGCGAUUGGCAGGUUCUCUACAAGACUGUGUACAGUGCUUUGGGCCUAAGGGAUGCCUGCCGCUCCCUGCCCCAGUCCAUCCAGCUCUUUCGGGACAUUGCUCAAGAGUUCUCUGAUGACCUGCACCAUAUCGCCAGCCUCAUUGGGAAGGUGGUGGACUUUGAGGGCAGUCUUGCUGAAAAUCGCUUCACAGUCCUCCCCAACAUAGAUCCGGAAAUUGAUGAGAAAAAGCGAAGGCUGAUGGGACUUUCUAGUUUCCUCACUGAAGUCGCCUGGAAGGAGCUGGAAAAUCUGGACUCUCGAAUUCCUUCAUGCAGUGUCAUCUACAUCCCUCUGAUCGGCUUCCUUCUUUCUGUUCCCCGCCUGCCUUCCAUGGUAGAGGCCAGUGAUUUUGAGAUUGAAGGACUGGACUUCAUGUUUCUCUCAGAGGAGAAGCUGCACUAUCGUAGUGCUCGAACCAAGGAGCUGGAUGCAUUGCUGGGGGACCUGCACUGUGAGAUCCGGGACCAGGAGACCCUGUUGAUGUACCAGCUGCAGUGCCAGGUACUGGCACGGGCAGCUGUUUUGACCCUGGUAUUGGACCUUGCCUCCCGCCUGGACGUCCUGCUGGCUCUUGCCAGUGCUGCCCGGGAUUAUGGCUACUCAAGACCCCGUUACUCCCCCCAUCUUCUUGGCGUACGGAUCCAGAAUGGCAGACAUCCGCUGAUGGAACUCUGUGCCCGAACCUUCGUGCCCAACUCUGCAGAAUGCGGUGGUAACAAAGGGAGGGUCAAAGUCAUCACUGGACCCAACUCCUCAGGAAAGAGCAUAUACCUCAAACAACCCACAGCACCAGGCCGCAGCCCUGUCUCCUCCCCUAUUCAGGUGGGCUUGAUCACAUUCAUGGCCCUUGUGGGCAGCUUUGUGCCAGCAGAGGAGGCUGAAAUUGGGGCAGUAAAUGCCAUCUUCACCCGAAUUCAUAGCUGUGAAUCCAUCUCCCUUGGCCUCUCCACCUUCAUGAUCGACCUCAACCAGCAGGUGGCAAAGGCAGUGAACAAUGCCACUGCGCAGUCUCUGGUCCUCAUUGAUGAAUUUGGAAAGGGAACCAACACGGUGGAUGGGCUGGCACUUCUGGCCGCUGUGCUCCGACACUGGCUGGCGCUUGGACCCACGUGUCCCCACAUCUUUAUGGCCACCAACUUUCUGAGCCUUGUUCAGCUACAGCUGCUGCCACAAGGCCCCCUGGUACAGUAUUUGACCAUGGAGACCUGUGAGGAUGGGAACGACCUGGUUUUCCUCUAUCAGGUUUGCGAAGGUGUUGCCAAUGCCAGCCAUGCCUCCUACACAGCUGCCCAGGCUGGGCUUCCUGACAGACUCAUUGCUCGUGGCAAGGAGGUCUCAGACUUGAUCCGCAGUGGAAAACCCAUCGAGCCAGUCAAGGAGUUGCUAAAGGAGAACCAGAUGAAAAAUUGCCAGGCUUUAGUGGAUAAGUUUCUGAAACUGGAUUUGGAAGACCCUAACCUGGAUUUGAACAUGUUCAUAAGGCAGGAAGUGCUGCCUACCGCCACCACCAUCCUCUGAGAGUCCUUCCUCUACCCUCCCCAACUCUAUACAACCCCGGUGGGCUGCCAUCCCUCUGUUUCCUUAUCUUCUUCAGGCCCAGAGUUCUUAGUUUCUCUAGAAAUUUUGUUUCAUAUUAUAAAUAAAGUUUAUUU